AUGUCUCUCUGUGGCCCGACAGCCAACGCAAAAAUGAUGGCGGCUUACAAUGGCGGUACGUCUGCGGCAGCAGCAGGUCACCACCACCACCAUCACCGCCACCUUCCUCACCUCCCUCCUCCUCACCUCCAUCACCACCACCACCCUCAACAUCACUUGCACCCAGGCUCUGCAGCUGCCGUGCACCCCGUACAGCAACAUGCCUCUUCGGCGGCGGCGGCCGCGGCGGCGGCGGCUGCGGCGGCCGCGAUGCUCAACCCAGGGCAGCAACAGCCAUAUUUCCCAUCGCCGGCGCCGGGUCAGGCCCCUGGACCAGCUGCAGCAGCCCCAGCUCAGGUACAAGCUGCAGCAGCUGCUGCAGUUAAAGCUCACCAUCAUCAGCACUCACAACAUCCACAACAGCAACUGGACAUUGAGCCGGACAGACCUAUUGGAUAUGGAGCCUUUGGUGUUGUCUGGUCAGUAACAGAUCCACGAGAUGGAAAGAGAGUUGCACUCAAAAAGAUGCCCAACGUCUUCCAAAAUUUGGUCUCUUGUAAAAGGGUCUUCCGGGAGUUGAAGAUGUUGUGUUUUUUUAAGCAUGACAAUGUACUCUCUGCCCUCGACAUACUCCAGCCUCCACACAUUGACUAUUUUGAAGAAAUAUAUGUUGUCACUGAAUUGAUGCAGAGUGACCUCCAUAAGAUUAUCGUGUCUCCUCAGCCACUCAGCUCGGAUCAUGUCAAAGUUUUUCUUUACCAGAUUUUAAGAGGUCUGAAAUAUCUCCAUUCUGCUGGCAUUUUACAUCGAGACAUUAAACCAGGGAACCUACUUGUGAACAGCAACUGUGUUCUUAAGAUUUGUGAUUUUGGAUUGGCCAGGGUGGAAGAGUUAGACGAAUCCCGCCACAUGACUCAGGAAGUUGUCACUCAGUAUUACCGAGCUCCCGAGAUCCUGAUGGGCAGCAGGCACUACAGCAAUGCCAUUGACAUCUGGUCUGUAGGCUGCAUCUUUGCAGAAUUACUUGGGAGAAGAAUAUUGUUUCAGGCACAGAGUCCCAUCCAGCAGUUGGAUCUGAUCACAGACCUGCUGGGGACGCCGUCGCUGGAAGCGAUGCGGACGGCGUGUGAAGGCGCCAAGGCACAUAUACUCAGGAGUCCUCAUAAACAGCCAUCCCUUCCUGUCCUAUAUACACUUUCCAGUCAAGCUACACAUGAAGCAGUUCAUCUCCUUUGCAGAAUGUUGGUCUUUGAUCCAUCCAAAAGAAUAUCUGCUAAGGAUGCCUUAGCUCACCCCUAUCUCGACGAAGGGCGCUUGAGAUAUCACACCUGUAUGUGUAAAUGUUGUUUUUCCACAUCUACUGGAAGAGUUUAUACGAGUGAUUUUGAACCUGUAACUAAUCCCAAAUUUGAUGACACUUUUGAGAAGAACCUCAGUUCUGUUCGGCAGGUUAAAGAAAUAAUUCAUCAGUUCAUUUUGGAACAGCAGAAAGGAAACAGAGUGCCUCUCUGCAUCAACCCUCAGUCUGCUGCUUUUAAGAGCUUUAUUAGUUCCACAGUUGCUCAACCAUCUGAGAUGCCACCAUCUCCACUGGUUUGGGAGUAAAGUGGAAGAUAAUAUACUACUGAAGAUGUAAUGUAGCUUUCCACUGGAGUCUGGGAUUUGCAAUUCUGGAGGUUAAUUAUGCUUGUACUGUAAUUUUACUAAUGAAGUUUUAAAUUAACAACCACUACUUGUACAAUAUGAAUAAUAUUUAGAAAUGUACUAGACUUUUAAUCUUGUAAAGUGGUUGUGCUUUUAGAAGAAAAUAUUUUACCCAGAGUUGCACGUGUUUUAUGAAUUCUAGUGCAGCUGUGAUGGCUCAGCUCAGAACAAACAGAAUUGAACCAAAUUUGGGGAGGUUUGUUUUUGUUUUGUUUUGUUUUUUUCUUUAUUUUAUUUUUAUCAAAGUGAGAUUGUACAAACAGACCUACAUUUUGAUAUUGAGCCAUUCCUGAAGAUUUGGGGUUUUCUAAAACUAAGGAAUACAGAAAACUUGACUGUGACCAAUCAUGAAGUCCCUUGGGAUGGCAGUGACCACCCUGGGUGGGCACAUUGCCUGGUGAUCCAGUCCUAUAAAUAGCUUCUCACUAGAGCUGUGAUGGUGAUGUGUGCUGUUCUAAAAUCAAAUGUUGUGAGUAGAGAGAAUGAGUUUGUGACUAGGAGAGACUAAACUUCUGUUUCCUUACCCAGUAUAAAUAUAUAUAUAUUUAAUCUAUUUUUAUUAGAAGUUUUUCUGCUCUUUCUUACAUAAAACCCCCCAGCAUGCAUCUUCUAUGUGUGUAAAUAAUUCCAUUUAUGGGCUAAUUUCAGAGAUCCCUGACAUCAUUGCUGUAUAGAGAGAAAACUAGCUUGCACAUUUUAGGUCUGUGAAAUUUUGUGAGAACUUUUUCCUGCACUGGACAGUUGAGAGAGAAAAAAAAAAAAAAGAAAAAAAAGGAGAAAAAAAAAAAAGCACAUAGGGAAUUAUGUUAAUUGUGUUUGUGUCUUUAGGCAAAGCUGUGGAAGUCUUGAAAUGUCACAGUAGUAAAUAACUUUUAUUACUUUUUGGCUAAUUCUUUUUUCUGUUGGAACACUGAAUUCUGUGCAUAUGUAUAUAUGAACACAAAUUGAAGGCCUCUACCUCCUGGAGUUAUACAACUUGGUUUGUUUACCUCCACAUGAUAUUUUUGUUUUCUUUUUUUAUUUUUAAGUUCAGUGUGGAGACUUGAAACUUGAAUGUCCCUUCCAACUUUUGUAUUUAAAACGAGACUAGAAAAUUGAAGACUGUUUUUCACCUGUAGAAAGAAAAACUGAAAAGGGUGGUCUUAAAAUUUGAGCAUUGGUCUGGAGAAAAAAACAACUGUGGUGUUUGUUAUGGACAAUUAACUGUUAAAGUUAUUGUAAGUUAUCUGUAUUUAGCAGAGUAUUUUCAACAAGAGUGAUCUGAGCUGAAAUUGGAGACUAUUAGUAAGUUAUGUUUGGAAGUUUUAACUUCAAUGAAGUAAUUAUUUGCUGUGAAAGAGACAAACAUUGAAUAACUGAACAAAGAUGGUGCAAUAUCUUUGUUUUUUAUGAGGCUCCUGAGAAUAAAACCAACUCAAGCAUUUUAAUUCACUUGAAUGAGCAACGUGUUUAAUUAAAAGAGCCCAAGAAGACACUGGUAUGAAAGGUAAAAUCUCAGAGGUUGGUCAGUUAAUGUGGCACACUUGCUGGUCACUUUGUAAAAUGUAGAUUUGAAGUACAGUGGUGAAAACAUUAAAUGUGACAUUUGAAAAAGAAGUGGUGUUAUCUUUUUUUUCUUUCCUGUCUGAUCUCCCACCUUGAUUUAAGAACAAGUUGUUACAAUCUCAAUUAAGUGCUGUCUAAAAGAAUGCAAGUAAAAAGACUUUCUAGCAUCU